AUGGCGUGUCCACUAGUAAUCAUAACAAACGCUGUAGUCUGCUUGACAUUGACUCUAGGUGCACACGUGGAAGCACUGACUUGUGACGGUGGUCACAGUCCUAAAUAUCUCUCUCACGAUCCAUAUGGUAACCAGAUGUGCCAGAAAUGCAGUAAGUGUCCACCGGGAUCAGGGGUCAGUGUCGAGUGUCAGGGGUCACGUGACACCGUGUGUGAACGUUGCCCAGAAGGCACCUAUUCCGGUACGUGGAGCGCUACAAGGAUAUGCUUACCUUGUACGAUGUGUAGCCCACACCAACGGACCAUUAGAGAAUGCACCAGUACAAGGAAUGCAAAAUGUGUCAAGAAUUGUGACGUAGGUUUUUAUCUUGACACAUUAAGUGACAAUUGUGAAAUGUGUUCGUGGUGUUUUCCUGAUCGUCCUGAAUUAUUCACGCCAAGAUUAGACGAUUGCAUGAGAUCGGAGAUACCGGUGGAUUACCAGUGUAUGCAAAGUGCGUAUGAACACCGUCCUUUCGUGAUGUCUUCGAGGAGUGAAAGCACACUGCCUGUCACCAAUCAAGAAUAUUCGGAAGAUAGAGAAGCUGUGCAGCUAGGUGAUACGGGCGAUGGUAAUAGUAAAGACGCCAUGUUUAAUAUAGUGACAGCCAAAGAUAGAUUUGGAGUUGCUACAACAAAGAAUUUUCUCUCUCGCGGUACCACAAUUCCCACAUGUAAAGGUAAUGAACGAGAUCUCACAAAAGUUAAUACCGGUCCUCCUAUUGGGAUGCUAACGCGGAUAGAUGUUGAGCAAACCGAAAAAUGGAAGAGUGCAGCCCACCACACGCCAAUUAUAAUCAUGAUACUGAGUAUUAUAACCACAAUCGCAAUUGCUAUUCCUAUUGCCGUUCUUAUAACGUAUCGUAAUCGACGCAUAACACGGUCCAAGAGAAAGAAUCCCUUUUGA